CAUGACUAUCGAGCGGGAAGGAUUGAAAAGACACAGUUGUGGCUUGCUGAAUCGUGUCCGCCAAGAUCGGCAAUUGUUGGAAGAGUCGAAGUGGAAGCGCUAGCCACUCGACUGACUAUCGAAAAUUGAAUAACCUCGGGUUUGAUUACUAUCCAGUACUAUUGCCCCGUCCAAACCCAUAGAUAUCCCCGGCUAAGUCUUUUGAGAUAACCGAAGAAAGACUGAAGACUCAACAUCUAUGUAUGCGUGUGUUGAGGUUUCACACUUGUUAUCCUGGUCUAUCAAGAGUCAACCAGUCCACCAUGCUCUUUAACAUUCUCGUUUACUUAGGGGUGUUGGCUGGAGUUUCGUACCUAGCUCUCAUAUUCCCCCGGUUACGACAAGAAUGGAAACUCUAUUCACACCGAUCACAACUCCCCCCCGGCCCCAAGAUCAUCAAAACAGGCAUUCGAAAGCCAUGGCUUUGGUUUCAGGAACUUAGCAGGGAGUACGGCGACGUCGUUUACCUCCAGAUGGGCCCGACGCCGACCGUCGUGCUGGGCUCGGCUCAAGCGGCGUGGGACCUCCUCGAAAAGAAAGGCUCCAUCUUCUCGUCACGGCCGCGCUUCAUCAUGGGCGGCGAGCUGCUUUCCGGCGGCAUGAGGGGUCUGAUGGCCUCGUACUCUCCCUUUUGGCGGCGAUGGCGAAAACUCCUGCACAGCGGCUUCAUGCAGCGGCAGAGUGAGACGUACCGGCCGGUGCAGAGUCUGGAGUCCAAGGUGCUUAUGCAUGAGCUCCUCACGACUCCCAGAGAUUUUAGAAGGCAUCUUGAGCGGUAUGCGGCUUCUGUCAUUGUGACGGUAACAUACGGUAGAAGGGUGGAGGGUAUCGCCACUGAUAUUGUUGUCCAGCGCAAUGCUGAGUCGAUGGGACGUUUGACAUCGGUCAAUAUCCCUGGCAAGUUUGCUGUAGAGAGAUAUCCUAUUCUCAAAUACGUCCCCAGCUUCUUGGCUACGUGGAAGGCCGAAGUCUUGAAGCAACGACAGAAGGACGUUCAGAUGUACACCGAACUCAUGGACGAAGUCAGGGACAAAGUUUCCAGGGGCGUCGCGCCAGAAUCCUUCGCAAAACACCUGCUCCAAGAACAAACCAACCUCGGGAUGUCAGACCUCGAAAUAGCGUACACAGCGGGCUCACCGUUUGGGGCUGGCGUUGAGACGUCGGCCGGGUCUCUAGCCAGCUUUUUCCUGGCUUGUGCCAAGUUUGGCCCACAGUUCAUCCCCAGAGCACAAGAGGAGCUUGACAGAGUCGUUGGAAGCGACCGGCUGCCCACGUUUGAGGAUCUGAACAGGCUCGAGUAUGUCCGCGCCAUAGCUUCGGAGACGUUACGCUGGCGACCUGUCGCCGUGCUCGGUGGCACUCCCCAUGCAAGCACCGCGGAUCAUAUCUACAAGGGCAUGUUCAUCCCAAAGGGCAGCACUGUCAUCGCCCCUCUAUGGAGCAUCCAUCUCAACGAAGCGGACUUCCCAGAACCCCAUGAAUUUAGACCUGAGCGGUUCUUGACCGACCGCGAAUACCCUGGCACAUUCGGCCAUAGUGCUUUUGGUUGGGGCCGCCGGAUCUGCCCCGGCAUGCACCUUGGGUCUGCGUCCGUGGCCUUGAACAUCGCGAGAACACUCUGGGGAUUUGAAAUCAACCCUGAGAAAGAUGAGAAAAGAAGAGAUAUUGAUGUUGACAUCUUCGCGUACUCAGAUGGCUUCAACUCCAGUCCAUUGCCAUUCCCUUGCUCGAUAACACCUCGAUCUCUCAGGCAUGCUCAAGUGAUUGAGCGUGAGUAUGCAGAAGCUUUAAAAGCGUUGAGGAAGUAUGCAGUUGUUGGGAGCAAGUUGUCUUGAUCCGUUGAAAGGGUCGAUAUUAGUAUCAUUUAGGUCAGAGCUGCAGUAACAUAUCCGAGAUCAACAUUUGACUUCAUGUUCACAAACUUCCGAAUUAACAUACCUAUAUUC